GCGAGGUAAGUUGGGACUGCAAAUUGCACCUUUUCGUUCAUUCCAUCGGGACGUUUUAGCUCAGAUUCGUUGAACUUUGCUCCCUUUCCUUUGUCUUACUGUCUCCGCCCUUCUCCGUCCUCCCCGCCAGUCGACGCUCGAUGGAUUAAAGCUUGAAAUGGCCGAAAUAUUCCUCAUCCACCUCAUCUGUUCCAACGAAGAAAUGGCAUGCAAGUGAAAGCAUGGCGAGCUGAGGAUUACUGACUUGGGUUUCUCAAUUCAAGCGACAUAAGGGAGGCUCCGCUUUCGUUUGACUUCAGUACUAUUUUCUUGCUUGGAUUCUUCUGUUAUUAGAAUGAAAUCGAGUCUACAGCUAGAGAGAAAGCGUCGAGAAGAUUUUCGGGAUUUGAUCUCACUUCUUGGGUUGGCUGGCAAAAGUGGAUUCAAUGGGUUCAAAAAGGUGGAUUGAAGACUGGGCAUUAAUUAUAUGCUCCUGUAAUAAGGAAUUUUGGAUAUUCAGUGCCCUUAUAUAUAAAUGGAUUGAAUGAAGCUCCAUCUGAUGAAAUGUUGAGAACAUUGUGCCAUGGCUUGCUGUUUUUUUCGCUUAUGCUCUCUGCAUCGUCCAUUGAGGUUGGAUAUCCCCGCUGCAAUUGUUAUAUUGAUAGUUAUUUUAGUGCUGAAGGCAUUCUUCAAUGUCAGAAAGUAAGUGAUUUCUUGAUUGCGGCUGCCUACUUCUCCAUACCUCUUGAGCUCCUAUAUUUUGCUACUUGCUCGGAUCUGUUUCCCUUCAAAUGGAUCGUCUUCCAGUUUGGAGCCUUCAUAGUCCUUUGUGGACUAACUCAUUUACUCAAUGUGUUUACUUACGAGCCCCACUCUUUUCUCUUAAUGUUGAGCCUCACAAUCUCUAAGUUUUUCACUGCAUUGGUCUCCUUUGCAACUGCAAUUACUCUGUUAACGUUGUUCCCUCAACUUUUGAGAUUGAAAGUGAGGGAGAAUUUUCUGAGAAUUAAAGCCCGGGAACUUGACAGGGAGGUUGGAAUGAUGAAGAGAAAGGAGGAAGCAAGUUGGCAUGUGAGAAUGCUGACCCAGGAGAUUCGGAAAUCCCUUGAUCGGCAUACUAUCCUCUACACAACUUUAGUGGAGCUUUCAAAAACCUUGGGGCUGCAGAAUUGUGCUGUAUGGAUGCCGGAUGAAGCUAAGAAGGUGAUGAACUUGACCCAUGAGUUGAGGCAGAGGCAUUCAAUGGAGUUGGUGUUUGAGCAUUCUAUCCCCAUUACUAAUCAGGAUGUUGUUGAGGUUAAGGAAUCAAAGGGUGUAACAAUACUCAGGCCUGAUUCUUUGCUUGCAUUGGCAAGCAGUGGGGGAGAUCCUGAACCAGGGCCAAUUGCUGCAAUUAGGAUGCCAAUGUUGAAGGUGUCCAAUUUUAAAGGUGGGACGCCGGAGCUUGUAAAGGCCUCUUAUGCCAUAUUGGUGCUAGUUCUCCCUAGAGAUAAUUCUAGGAUUUGGAGCUUUCAUGAAAAAGAUAUUAUCGAAGUAAUUGCUGAUCAAGUAGCUGUUGCUCUCUCUCAUGCUGCAGUAUUGGAGGAGUCACAAUUAAUGAGGGAUAAAAUGGCUGAGCAGAAUAGGGCUUUACUGCAUGAGAAGCAGAAUGCCUUUAUGGCAAGUGAAGCAAGAAACUCCUUCCAAAGGGUCAUGAGCCAGGGAAUUAGAAGGCCAGUGCACUACAUCUUGGGUUUAUUAUCUAUGAUGCAACAAGAAGAAUUGAGUCCUGAGCAAAGGCUUAUCAUCAACACUAUCACAAAAACCAGUGGAGUUGUUUCAAACUUGGUAACUGAUGCAAUGAAGAUAUCUAACAUCAACAAUGAGAGAUUAACAUUGGAGAGAAGGUUGUUUUACUUGCAUUCUCUGAUCAAGGAGGCUGCUAUUGCUGCUAGGUGCCUUUGUACUCGUAGAGGAUUUGGUUUUGGCUUUCAGGUUGAUAAUGCUGUACCUGAUAUAGUUGUUGGUGAUGAAAAGAGAAUCUUUCAUGUUAUACUUCAUGCCAUUGAUAGGUUGUUAAGUGGUUAUUCUGAGGGAUUUGUUAGUUUUCAAGUUCAUCCCUAUAAUGUACCCCAAGAUGGUGAACAGCAAUGGAUCUCAUGGAAAACAAACUUUCCUGGUGUUUUUGUUAAGUUUGAGAUUGGGAUCAGAAUACCAGAAUCUAGUGAUUCAAGUUUAUCACAUGAACGCAUUUGGAAACUCGAAGCUGAGGGUUAUGACAUGGGCCUUGGUUUCAAUAUGUGCAAAAAACUUGUGCAGAUGAUGCAUGGGGAUAUCUUGGUUGUUCCCAACUCCCAUGGUUUCCCCAAAACUAUAGAACUAGUUCUUCAUUUCCAGCUUCAACAACCUCCCACUUCUUCCUCCGAAUUACAGGGACUCCUCGCACACAAUCACACUCCCUCCACACCAAAUUUCAAAGGUCUCAGAGUUCUACUUGCAGAUGACGAUGGCCUCUGUCGAUCAGUCACACGAAAACUCCUCGAGAAACUUGGCUGCGAGGUCGCUACAGUUUCUUCAGGGAUCCAGUGCCUCUCUUCAUUCAGUGCCUCUACUGCACCAUACCAGCUUGUAAUUGUAGAGCUUCAAAUGCCGCAGAUCGAUGGAUUUGAAGUAGCUAAGAGGAUUCGGAAGUUGAGAAGCAGAAGCAGGCCUGCAAUUGUGGCUCUGACUUCGAGCGCUGAGGAGCUUUUGUGGCAGCAGUGCUUGCAUUCAGGUAUGAAUGGUCUGAUCCGAAAACCUGUCAUGUUACAAGCCUUAGGUGAUGAGUUAUAUAGAGUCCUCCACAAACUUAGAACUGAAUGAUAGAUAGAUAACGAUGAACCAUAUUAGAUUUUGGUGAUAGGCAUUAUGGAUGCAUAUGUAUACUAAUUGUCGCCAGUGAUUCGAUCAUAUUUAGGAAAAAAAUAUUUAUCAGGAUAUCUGGAUGUGAUUUGCAGCAAGAUGGGAAGAUUAGGGUUUUGUUUGGGUAGCUUUCUUACUGCUUUUUAAAGCAGUUUUUUAAUACAAAAACUUUUUAAACUA